UCGCGCGAGCCCUUCCCCUCCACCAUCCUCCCGUCUGCCUUUUUUUUUUUUUUUUUCCCCUCAGAGGCGGGCGAUGCUGGGCGGCGAGGAGAGCGGCCAGGCCGCGGCCGGAGGGGGCGCCCCGGUCUCCGCGGCCUCUCCCGCAGCUGAGGCCGAGGCGCCGGCCUUGGCCGCCCCCGCUGCCCGCGACGCUGAGGUAAAAAAGGACGAGGAGGAGGAGGAGGAGGAAGCGGAGGAAGAAGAGGAGGAGGAGGAAGAAGAAGCGGCGGCGGCCGAGGCGGAGCGAGCCACCCGGCAGCGUUACGAGGAGCUGUGCAGCAGCCUCAACAUGGACGAGCGAGCCCGAGCCGAGGCCUGGCUCAGCUACCAGAGUAUGAGGAGGAACUACACCCUGGAGGGGAAUGAUCUGCACUGGUUAGCAUGUUCGUUAUAUGUGGCUUGCAGGAAAGCCGUCCCAACAGUUAGCAGAGGGACUGUUGAAGGAAAUUAUGUGUCUUUAAUCAGAAUACUGCGUUGUUCAGGACAAAGUUUGAUAGAGUUUUUUAACAAGAUGAAGAAAUGGGAAGAUAUGGCAGACCUACCCUCCCAGUUCAGAGAACGUACCACAAGAUUAGAAAGAAACUUUACAGUUUCUGCUGUAAUAUUUAAGAAGUAUGAACCCAUUUUUCAGGAUAUUUUCAAGUACCCACAAGAUGACCAACCACGACAGCCCAGAGGGAGAAAACAAAGGAGGCAGCCUUGCACUGUCUCUGAAGUUUUCCAGUUUUCCUGGGUUCUCUUUGUUUAUGCAAAAGGCAAUUUCCCUAUGAUCAGUGAUGAUCUGGUAAAUUCAUACCAUCUGUUACUGUGCGUCCUUGAUCUAGUCUAUGGGAAUUCUUUGCAGUGCCCAAAUCGUAAGGAGAUUCUGAAUCCAAGUUUUAAGGGGCUGCCUGAAGAUUUUCACAGUAAGGAUUUUAAGCUCUUGUCUGAAGCUCCUUGCAUCAUUGACAAACUUUGCUCCUUGCACAAUGGCUUGGUUUUGGAAGCCAAGGGAAUAAAAGAACAUUUCUGGAAGCCCUAUGUGAAAAAACUCUUUGAGAAAAAGAUCCUAAAAGGAAAAGAGGAGAACCUGACAGGUUUUUUGGAUCCUGGAAACUUUGCAGAAAGCUUUAAGGCCAUCAACAAGGCCUACGAGGAAUACAUACUGUCAGUUGGAAAUCUAGAUGAGAGGAUCUUUCUUGGAGAAGAUGCUGACGAGGAAAUCGGAACCCUGCGGAGGUGUUUAAACACAGCUUCAGAGAUGGAAACAGCCGAAAGGGUACAGAUGAAAUAUAAUCUGCAGGAACACUUUGAACGGACAAAAUCUUUCAGAAUAUCUACGCCUCUCACUGGCCGGAAAUAUAUCAAGGAUAGCGAUCCUUACUUGAGCCCCAUUUCCAUCGCGACCCACUGCUUGACACGGCUUCACACAAUGUUGGCAGGGCUGAAGAACGCCCCUAGUGAGAAUCUGGAGCAAAUUCUGAGGGGGUGUUCCAGGGAUCCUUCUCUCUCCAUUACCAAUAGAGUGAAAGAAAUGUAUGAAAUUUAUUCGCAAAAGGCACCAUCUUCUGGAGAAUCUGGGAAUUUCCCCAAAGAUCUUGUUGGUAAACACUUCCGUCUCGCUGAGGUCCUUUAUUAUAAGGUUUUGGAAUCCGUCCUAAAGCAAGAAAAAAAAAGACUUGAAGACGCUGACUUAUCUGCCAUCCUGGAGCACGAUGUCUUUCAUAAGUCUCUCAUGGCCUGCUGCCUUGAAAUAAUUAUUUACUCCUACAAGACUGCAGAUAGUUUCCCGUUCAUCACGGAUGUUUUUGAUGUUCCUGCCUUCCACUUUUAUAAGGUGAUCGAGAUCCUGAUCAGAGCAGAAGAUGGCCUUUGCAGAGAGGUGGUGAAGCACCUCAACCACAUUGAGGAACAGAUUUUAGAGAGCCUGGCAUGGAAACCGGAAUCUCCACUCUGGGAUAAAAUAAAAGAAAAUGAAAAUAAGGUUCCUACCUGCGAAGAGGUGAUGCCACCUCAGUAUUUUGAAAGAUCAAAUGGGAACAGCGUGCCUGGUUCCCCUUUAACUCCAAGAAGAUUAAAUGAAGUUCGUGCUGAAACUGGAACUCAGGGAAAGGGCAUUUCGUUUUCUCCAGCCACCCUCUACGAACGGUACAGCUCUCCAACCACCAACCCUACCAGAAGAAGGCUGUUUGUUGAUAACGACACCUCCGGGGAGGCCCCUCGGACACCCGUGAGGGUCCCUCAGCCGCCUGUGAUCAGCACCAUGCCUGUACAGAGCGUCUCCUCCGAUACCAUCCCUGUCACGCCGGUGCCUGGACAGACUUUGGUAACCGUGGCAACCGCCACAGUGACUGCAAAUAACGGACAGACAGUUACCAUACCUGUACAAGGCAUUGCCAAUGAAAAUGGGGGCAUAACAUUCAUUCCGGUCCAAGUCAACGUUAGUGGACAGACUCAAUCAUUGUCUAGUCCCAUCCCGCCUCUCAGUGCGCAGACCCUUGCUGGCACGCUGAGUUCUCAGCAGAUGACUGGUCCAACCCUUCAGUUGCAAGGCCAGCUCCAACAGGUGGCCCAUCCUGGAGAACGACGACAAAAGCAGCAGAUCAGUAGCGGUGGCAACAGAUCCCGAAAAGCUGGCUCACUCACUCUCUUCUUUAGAAAGGUAUUUUAUUUAGCAAGCGUUCGUCUGAGGGAUAUCUGUAUCAGGCUGGAUAUUUCCGACGAGCUGAGGAAGAAAAUCUGGACCUGUUUCGAAUUUUCACUGGUACAAUGCUCGGAGCUCAUGAUGGACCGACAUCUCGAUCAGCUGUUAAUGUGUGCUGUUUAUGUAAUUGCAAAGGUUACCAAAGAAGACACUUCGUUUCAGAACAUCAUGCGCUGCUAUAGGAUGCAGCCCCAGGCCAAAAGCCACGUGUACCGCAGUGUAUUGAUUAAAGGCAGAAAACGAAGGAAUUCUGGCACCAGCGACGCAAACAAUCCUCAGAAUUCCCCCGUGGAGAAAAAUAAGGACCGAACAAGCCGAGAUUCCAGCCCAGUCAUGAGGUCGAGUAGCACCCUGCCUGUUCCGCAGCCUAGUAGCGCUCCUCCAACACCAACACGACUGACCGGAGCCAGCAGCGACACUGAAGAGGAGGAACGUGGAGACCUGAUUCAGUUUUAUAAUAAUGUCUACACAGACCGAAUUAAAGACUUCGCCCUAAAGUACUCCUCAGCCAACGGAACUGAUGUUCCUCCCUUAUCUCCAUAUCCGUUUGUGAGAAGCGGCUCUCCACGCAGAGUCCAACUGUCUCAAAACCACCCAAUUUAUAUUUCUCCCCACAAAAAUGAGUGUGCAGUCUCUCGGCGUGAGAAAAUAUUCUACUAUUUCAGUAGCAGCCCAUCAAAGAGACUUGAAGAGAUUAACAGCAUGAUUAGAACGGGCGAGACCUCGACGAAAAAGAGGGGCAUUGUCUUAGAGGAGGGGGCCGAAUCACCAGCCAAGCGCAUGUGUCCGGAAAACCACACCGCCCUUUUGAGAAGGUUGCAAGAUGUGGCCAACGACCGAGGCUCUCACUGAUGUCAAAGACUGACUGAGGAUUGAUACAUAUAUAUUUUUUAUCACUAUCUGGGCUUUUUUAAAACAUUUGACCAGUAAUAAUAGAAGCUGUGACUUCCACAUCUCCAAGGCACUUUGGGGGCAGUUCCCUUUUUUUAACCUCCGUGAGCGUGAUGCUCCUGACAUUACCACGGACAUCUUCUGCUCAAAGACAAUCAGAAAGUUUGAGAAGAAGCAUUAUUUCCUCUGUCGCCCUGCAAGUCACACCAGCUGUGUUUGGAUGUCUCCCAUCAAGCGUUGAUCGAUCCAGUUUACAUCCUUUUUUUUUUUUUUAAUUUAUUCGGUAGAAGGGAUUGGUUUUAAUCUCAAAACUGGAAAGACAAAGUAUUUUUACAUUAGCCCAUUAACAUUUCUUUUUUUCUUUCUUUCUUUUUUUAAGCUAACUGGAUCUCAUCCAGUGUCAUGUUUAGAAUCUGCAGUAUUUUAAUCGCAUUUCGAAAUGUGGAAGUCAGCAGUGAUGGAAUCAGCUCUGUGACUAAUUAUCUGACCCAGUUCAGAACUGCUGUGAACCUUCUUUUUAAAUUAGGAGUGAAGAUUCUAGAAUGUUUGUCAGGCAGUAGUUAAAAAGCACACUGGAGACUGACCAGAAAUUGAAACGGAGGGGAGGAGAGGAGGACUUAAACCCUUCCUCCCCUCCUUCUCUUCUCUCCUUUCUCUUCUCUCCUUUUCUUCUCCUCUCCUUGUCUUCUUUGCCCUUCAGGUGAUAUGGGGAUAUUAUGUAUAUAUACCACAAUUUCAUUGUAUUUUAGCUGUGCAAUGUUUCCAGUCAGCUCCUAUCAGCAGGUAGCACUUCACUAGUUCUUAAAUGCAAAUUAGUUUUGCAACCUUGGCAAUGGCACUUUUGAAAAAUAUAUAUAAAUAUAUAUAUAUAUAUAUAUAUAUUUUAAAUAGCAAACCCUAAAAUGAAAAGCUGUGUAAAACUGC